AUGUCCGAAUCGAACGAACCUCCGUUGCACAUAUAUGCACGCAACGCCGAAGUCACGAUAGACCAUCGAUCUCUUGACCCUUGGACAUUUGUUAAUGACUUCGAUCGAGUUUUUUGCGGUGAUGACUUGACUGCGUCCUUCCGUGAGGGCGACACUGAGGAGACUCAGGCACGGGUCUCCGUGGAAUCAGACCUCGCUGAAAAGCUCCCAGUAGGUAAAACCGGUGGGAAGUUAUUGUCAUCUAUCUACAAACUACACCGAAAAUUCAAAGUUCCUUUAGACGGAAGCUACUCGCGUCAGGGACUUCCAGACCGCCACCGAGCAGACCGAUUCCAUAUAGAUUCACCAAUUCUCGGACCGGCCGCACCGCGCGAGCUCCUCUUCUCGACAGCCCUGCCGUCACUCGAUGAGUUUCAUCUGGAUCCGCCUUUGGAAAAGCUAGACGAUGAAAACGAUGAAAGCCUAGUUAUUCCUAGCUACGCGUUGAACUUCUCGAAAGAGGUUGAGGAAGAAAUCGCCAAAGAAGUCAUAGUUCGUCCAUACUCUACGCCGUACUUGCGGGAGGUACAAAGCUACCAGGACCAGGCACCUCGCAGCUUAUUGCCAUAUAUAGGUCCGAAACCUAGCCAUUAUCCCUUGCUGCACAAGGUUCGUUGCAUUAUCCAGCAUUAUAAACCAGUACAAAAUGUCACUAUCUAA